AUGCAGUCCUACCUUCAAUCCCGGCGCAUCGGUCUCGCUGUGCAAGCACAGAUUGAACGAGGCCGCGAUAGAGCAGCACUGAUAACACGUAAUAGUGGCCUAGUGCAGCCGCAACAGCAGCACAAUGGCGAUGGAGCCAUCACUGGGCAGGAAUCUCAACCUGCGGCACUGUUUGAGGAGAAGACGGAAUCGAUAGAAGGCUUUCAGCGGCCAGAGGGCGAUGUUGAACGCCAAAUUUCUUCGAGAUCUUCCACAUCGAGCAGUACUGGUGACGAGGAUGAAGAUCCAGGCACGGCCGCCUACAGAACUCAAACAGCGACGACUCAGUAUAGUGCCCGCGGGGCCCUCGGCCACUCUCUCACGGGCAUUCACGCCCGCGACCGGGCCACGCACGAAGGAAAGGGGUCCAAAGUUUUCGUCGUCGGCUGGGAAGGCCCUGAUGAUCCGGCAAACCCCAGGAAUUGGACAGUCACCAAGCGAGUCUGCUGUACACUGCAAAUCAGCUUGAUUGCAGGAGCUGUCGGUUGUGCCAGUGGUAUUGAUGCUACCAUCUUACCCCAGGCUGCGGCUGAUCUGGGAGUUAGCGAUGUGGCAGAGAGUUUGGCAACUGGCAUGUAUCUUCUGGGACAAGGCCUUGGCGGCCUCAUUGCUGGGCCCUUUUCCGAAACCUUUGGACGGAAUUAUGUAUAUGCAGGGUCCAUGAUCAUCUUCAUGUUAUGGAUCAUGGCGUCCGGUUUGGCACCCAACUUUGGCGCCCAGAUUGUUUUCCGAUUCUUUGCUGGCUUGGCUGCAUCGACGCCACUGGUGUGCUCGGGCGGUUCAGUGUCGGAUAUGUACAACAGUCUCGAAAAGACGUGGGGUUUCCCAUUGUACGCGAUUGCUGCCUUUGGCGGUCCCAUGCUUGGUGCUGUCAUGGGUGCGUAUAUCGGCCCAAGCCCACUGGUCUCCUGGCGGUGGACCGAGUGGACGACAAUGAUCUUGGCUGGACUAAUCGUAGUACUGGUCCUCUUGUUCAUGCCCGAGACGUACGCCCCUCUUAUCCUCCAGUGGAAGGCUGAACACCUUCGUCGACUCACUGGCGACGACCGAUACCGAUCCGCGCACGAAAUUGUCGAUGCUACGCUGUUUAGCCGACUCAAGAUUAGCAUGUCACGGCCCUUCCUCUUCUUGCCUGAGCCCAUUGUUGUGGCCAUGACGCUAUACCUAUCCGUUGUCUAUAUCGUGCUCUUCACGUUCCUGAUCGGCUGGCCGUGGAUCUUUGAGUAUCCUUAUGAGAUUGGCCAGGGACUGAGCAACAUCAUAUUCAUUGCCAUGUUUGUCGGCUUGCAGUUCACUUUCAUCCUGAUACCGAUCAUCUACCGCAUAACGAUCAAACACGUCAAGAGGGCAGAAGCCCAAGGCGGAGAUGGCAGUCAGUUCGACCCCGAGGUUCGUCUUUGGUAUGCCAUGCUUGGUUCCGCUAUUGCCAUCCCAGUCUCUCUCUUUUGGAUGGGCUGGACGUCGAAUAAGAACAUCUCGAUCUGGUCACCCAUCCUUGCCGUGUGUCUCUUCGGAUACGGCGUCAUGGGUAUAUUCAUCUGUGCAUACAUGUACAUCAUCGAUAGUUACGAGAUGUAUUCGGCGUCUGCGUUGACUUUUGUUUCGUUGGUGCGCUACGUGUGCGCUGGCGGAAUGACAGUGGUCGGAAUUCCGUUCUACAAGAACAUGGGAACUGCAUACACGCUCACCAUCCUGGCUUGCAUCUCCUGUCUGCUGGCUCCCAUUCCGUAUGUUCUCUUCAAGUGGGGCCAUCUGCUCAGGAAGAGAAGUAAAUACGCAUCAUCAAAGGACAUCUAA